GGUUUGACCUUUGACCUGGUUGUUGCAUUCCAGAGAGGCUUGUCCUGCAGCAGCACAGUCAUCCCUUUCGUCCACACGGCUUAUACGCUAGAAAGACGAUGUAUGUCGAGCUAAUUAAGACAGAAUAGCGAUUCUGAGAGACUCGCAGACACCGCAGCGUUGAGCCGAGCUAAAAGGAAGCUCUUGACUGGCAUCUGCACAGUUAUCUAAUAGCGUAGUUAGCAUCUUUGCUAAACAACUAAACCGCCAUCGUAUUUUGAGGUUGCUUUGUAGACACACAGCGACUAGCCGCAAACACCAGCGCAGAGGAAAUGAAGGACAAACAAAAGAGAAAGAAGGAGCGGACCUGGGCUGAGGCUGCUCGCAUGGUUUUAGAGAACUUUUCAGAUGCACCCAUGACUCCCAAACAAAUUCUGCAUGUCAUCCAGACCAAGGGACUGAAGGAGAUGAGAAGUGGUACAGCUCCUUUGGCCUGCCUGGUCACCAUGCUGCAUUCCCAAGUGAGAGGCGAUCGAGUCAAGAACAGUAUCUUCUUCAAGCUACCUGGACGAAUGAGUCUUUUUACUCUCAAGAAAAACGCUCUCCAGUGGACAAAGGCAACCUCGGAGUCAGAGACACCAUCAGAGCAGGCUGGGGGUACGACACCCCCAGCUUCCAGCAGCAGCACCCCGGCAGCAGGCUCAGCCGUGGCCCCGGUUGGUCCCACUGAGGCCGCUGAACAGGAGAGCUGCGACUCCACUGAGACUACUGCUGCUGCCAGUGUGGACAAUGAUGCUUCGGUUGAUGAGAGUUCAUCCAGUGCCUCCUGCUCUGUGGAGCUACAGGCUCCCAGCAGCCAGCCUCAGACUCGCCUCAGCAGGUCAGCAGGACAGCAGGGUCGCACUGACACACAGCAGACCCAGCACGCACAGACCAGACUGAGCCGCUCAAGACAGUCAGGAAGGCAGAGGAAGAAAGCUGUUAUGAUGCCUCGCGUCGUCCUCACCCCUCUUAAGGUGAAUGGAGAGCAUGUCCCCUCAGGUCCCAUGAAGCGGAGUCGGGGAGGGGUGGAUGUAGACUUUGAAACGCCAGGCUCCAUCCUAGUCAACACCAACAUCAGAGCUCUCAUCAAUACGCGGACAUUCUUAGCUUUCCCGGUACACUCACAACAGCAGUUGCUGCAGCUGCUGCCUGAGGUGGACCGACAAAUUGGACCUGAUGGCAUGGCCAGACUGAGCAGUUCAGCUCUUAACAAUGAAUUUUUUACCCACGCCUCCCAGAGCUGGAAAGAGAGGCUGGGUGAUGGUGAGUUCACCCAUGAGAUGCAAGUGCGUUUCAGACAGGAAAUGGAGAAAGAAAAGAAGGUAGAGGUGUGGAAGGAGAAGUUUUUUGAAGAGUAUCAUGGGCAAAAGUCUGGGCUAACACAAGAAGAGUCACUAAAGCUUACCAUGAGUGAUGCCAGCGAAGUUGCAGCUAGUGUGCUAGACAGUGAUGUGACUGUGGUGGCAACCGGUGCCCCCAAAAGACGCAGCGUAGGUCGGCGGAGGCGAGAUGGUAGGAUGAGGAGACGCACACGGGCUGACCUGCGCCGGAGGGCUCGCAGAACCAUCUGCAAGACCACUCCAUCCCUGCCGUCUGCAGAAGCAGCUGAGGCCAAUGCAACUAUGGAUAUUUCAGCGGUUUCUGUUGGCUCUCCCAUGUCCGAAAACACAGUUGUUCAGGGAGAGGUAGUGCUGCAGACUGAUUGUGGGGUGGAGCUUCCAGAUGAGAGUGGUUUUACAGAACCAAAGCCUUCUCCCAUUCCAGAGCCAGUCACAUUGCCAGCCCCCACACCUGCUCCAACUCCCAGCCCCAGCCCCAGCCCAGCCUCAACCAGCGCAAAUGAAGAGCAUGAAGUCGCUGCUCGUUUGCUCCCCGAAGAGAGUGCACCUGUGUUGGCUUCCACCACUUCUCCAUCCUCGUCCUCCUCCUCCUCCUCUUCAUCUGCCUCUUCACCUGUUUCUUCACCAUCUUCACCUUCUGAUAGACAGGAGACAUUUGUUGGAGUCCUGGACUCUUCUUCAUCCUCCUCAGCCUCCUCGAGUGCUGCAGUUGCUGCAGAUCCCCUGGAUGAUACAGCUUCUGUGAUCACCUCCAUCACAGGAGGAACUGCCACCAGCAGCCGUGAGAGCAGCCCAUCUGUUAGUCCAGCUGCCACCCCUCUGCCCAGCACCCAGCUGAAAGAACAGAAGAGAAGGCCAGAUGAGACUGAAGCCUUUUCUAGCUUCCCCGAAAAGAGGCCACGGCUUGACGACCGUCAGUCCUUUCGUACCACAAUUGACAGUGUCUGUUCAGAAAAGCCGCAGCCGACAACAGAAGAACCCAAGGUGCCACCUAUCCGGAUUCAACUGUCCAGAAUCAAACCUCCCUGGGUCAAAGGGCACCCCACCUACCAGAUCUGUCCCCGGAUCGUGCCGCCCGGCGAAGGCUCGCGCCGGUCGGGGACAGGGGGUGCGCGCACCUUGGCGGACAUCAAAGCCCGUGCACAACAAGCCCGUGCCCAGCGCGAGGCCGCUGCUGCUGUUGCAGCCUCUGCCGACGGGACAAGCCCGGCCAGGGUCAGGCUGCGGCCUGGUGCUGGGCUACCGGAUAGCAGCAAUGGAAGACGAUCGCGAGAGCAUCCAGGACCUAUCGAGCCCGGAGGAGGAGGAGGUGGAGAAGAAGAAAGUGAAAAUGGAAAUGAAACAAGGGGAAGUAGUGGGAUGGAACAGCAGGGAUCGUCUUCAGGCACUAAUUCGUCUGGAACACAACUACAGCUUCUUAAUGUAGAGCCUACAUCUGAGCCUUCCCCUUCAUUGUCCACUACCUCAACCUCCAUGUCCUUGGAGCCCCCACAGACGCCAAGUCCUCAGCAAGAGGAAGCAGUUGGGGGGACAGAUGGAGAGUUAAUUGAAGCAACCACAGCUAGUAUCCAGAGCUCCUCCAACGGACUCACAGAUGGGGCUGCCUCACUUUCUUCAGAUCCUGAUGUGUCUGAGUCACCAGCCAUGCAGUCUGCCAGAGAAAGCCAGGUAGUUGAAACUGGUGCCAGUGCCCCCACAGAGAGCCCAACCGUUGGUUGUGAAAAACCUUCAUUGGCACAAACCUCUAUCCCAGAUUCUCUUCCGAGGUUUGGGGCUCAGGGUGUAGAUGUUAUUCAGACGCUGGCCAGUUCUUGUCAUGCCAAGGACCAGGAGCAAGGGAAGGAGGCUGGAUUGGGUAGUGUUAUCCAGCAUGGUUCUCACCAUGUUGACCCCCAGGAGGCAUUCUCCCAUACAGCCACUGAGAGACAGCGAUCAGAUGGAUCUUCACCCCAACAUGUGGAUUCCUCUAGUGCUGAGAAAGAUGAGGCUGGCACAUAUAGCGACUCAACAGAUACCGCUUCAGACUGUGAGAAUGAAAGCCAGGAGGAAGAGCAGCAGCAGCCUGGCCACGAAUGGUGUCCUCAAUUGAACACUCAGAGAAAUGGCCAACUGGUGAUUUGUAGCCCUCCUCAGAACCAACAACCGGUCAUCCAGACCCACAUGACUAGCCGCCACGGCCAGACCGUCAUUCAGCCUUGCUUCCCCAGCAGCAUGACUCAGCCACAACACAGCCGUAUCCAUUCACAAGACUCCAAUGCUCUGUCUGCACCCCUGCCACAAGGGCUAAGGGACACAACUGUUGUUAAAACUGAAUCUGGAGAUGACUCUAGAGCCACCAGACUGAGCUCUGAAGAGGAGUGUCGUGGAGCUUUAAAGUCUUCUGUCACUCACUCAAAUGCUGCAACUGCCUCCAAAAGACUGGCCAGUUCAGUCAGACUUGUGUCCAGUGUGGAGGCCAACAACCCUUUGGUCACACAGUUACUUCAGGGCAGCCUGCCUCUUGAAAAAGUUCUACCCUUACACUCUGCCAACAGACUGGAGAUUAGCCGAUUACCAGGAACCCUACCCAGGCCACCAGCAGCAAGAAUCCCAGGGACUCGUAACAGGCCUGAGGUCUCAGCAAAAUCUUCAAGCCCAGAGCUGAAUACUCCAGUCCAGAUCCAUAAGUCUCCAACAUCCCGCCCAAUUUCCUGUCUGAUCGAAGCCCCAGCUGUACCACAGUAUCAGUCCCCCCAGGCCCCUGGAGCUGUUCCAGUCAUCACCCCUCUGCCACCCUCCUCCACCGGUUCCUUGUCCUCCAGAAGUAAGCAAGACCUCAUGUCUGGGUCUGCUGUGGAAUCUGCAGUUAUCAAAGAGUCUCAUGGUCAGCAGCCUUCCCAGGGAGCCAUUCCCGACAGACCUCAGUCAGCCCAUAGGACCAUGUGCAAUGGACCCUCUCCUCCUCACGCAGACACCUGCCCAACAGAGGUGAUACCUUCUAUUAAGAUUAACUGGCGUCCCCCACAAUCUCAGCUUCCCCAGUCUCAGCAACAACCCCCGUCUCCUGCACCCACUGUAAAGAAUGAAGUUGGUGCACGACCCUCUUGUCAAGCUAUUGCCAAAUCCUCACUCAGUGUACCCUUAAGUGUUACCAAAAAGGAACCUGGGAACUCUGUCGAUGGCUAUCUAAGCGGUGGGGCGAUAGAGGGACUCAUCAACAUGGAGUUUACUUUGGCCAGGAUGGCAAAGAAAGAUCACAGCAAAGCUCCCUACUCCUCUGCGUCUCCCUCUUCCUCCUGUUCUCCCUCACCCUCCGCUCCCUCCCUUCCCUUCCAUCUUUAUGGGAAGCUCCCCAAGCAAGGUGGAGGUGUUGGAGGGGUAAGCUACACAGCCAAUGUCUCAGUGAUGGACAACAGCAGUUUUUCCCGGAGCAUGGCAGACAGUGUGCUGCAGCUGCACCCCCGCUUGGGUCCCAGCCAGACUACCCUCAGCAUUCAGGCCUUUACUGACAGUACAGCAGAGGAAGUGGCACUCAAGUGCUCGUGCCGCCUCAAGGCCAUGAUCAUGUGCCAAGGCUGUGGUGCCUUCUGCCAUGAUGAUUGCAUUGGGCCCUCCAAACUCUGUGUGUCAUGUCUGGUGGUCAGAUAGUAUGCUGAAGUUUCAGUGCACUGUAGAACUGCUGUUUGUAUAGUGUGAGCAGCAGGGCCACAGCUUUCAAAGUGUUGCCAGAAACUUAAGUAUGGUAGAGAACACAGGAGAAGCCUGAUGGUCAACAUUUGCCUUGUAAAAUAUGACUGGUCUGUAUUGUUGCAGAUUUCCUGUUUUUGUUUGAGCUGUACUGAUGAUUAUUAUUGUUGUUGUUGUUGUUGUUAUUAUUAUUAAUUAUUAUUAUUAUUAUUAUUAUUAUUAUUAUUAUUAUUAUCAUCAUCAUUGUGCAUUGGGGCAUGAUUGAUUGUAAAUUGUGCCUUUUUUUUUCUCCUCAAAAACAUUUACCUCAUCUUAUCUUGCUCCACCUGUUAUCAUUUGGUGGCCAUCAUUUUUUUGAUCCCGUUUGUCAGUCAACGGGGAAUUACUGUUGUCUCUGCGCAAAGAAGUAUUUUUUUAACCAUUAAAAUGAGUAAAUGACAUUGUAUUACCAGUUUGUUUUUUUUGACUCAUUUUAUGAUUCCGUUGAGCUCUAGUUUGUAGUUACAGGAAUUAACAAAGUGAACAUUAUGUGCUGUUAAAAUUUGAUUCCUUGAUAACUUUCAGAGUUUUUACCAGCAAUGGGGAUUGUGUUAAAAUUCUGCACCUGCCACGUGGCAGGAGCAGCACAGGACUGGCUGGAAGAACACAAUGAUUUCAGGGUAUCCACGGGAUGUGCCGGAACAAGGCAGAGACCGGAUGCGCCACCUCUUAACCAACUGCACCCUAAGGAUCUGCUGCCAGCAUGAAAUGGGACCCUGUGUCCUGAAGUGUCAGAGCUGAAUGGUGAUAUGAGACAGAAUUUGUAUUUAUUUUUGUAUUGUGGUUUUUUUUUUUUGGUUGUUUGUUUGUUUGUUUUUUCACAUAAAAACAUUGUAGGCACAGAAACUGAUAAAUGUCAGUCAGGCUGUACCAGUAUAAAUAGCUAUACACACAUUUCAGUAGCUAAAGGAUAACCAAGGAGUCUGCUUCAUACUCCAGAGUUGGUGAUGGAUUUCUACACCGUUCUGUGCUGGGAUCUGUAUAAUGUACUUUCUACACUGUACAUGGCCCCUAAGGUAGUGUUAUUAGAAAUGUUAUGAGAGAACAGUGUAUGUUUUCUUUGCUCUGCACAUUAUCCACACUAUCCAGGACACAUGUUCAAGGCAUGUUUCAAAGUCAAAGACCUGGAAUCAUUAUGUCUAAUGAAACAGACUAUAGUAUGUAGUUAAGGCUGCAACAGGUGACCUUGAAUCCUCCCGUAGUUGUGCUGUGGCUGCUGGGGUUUCCCAUCAUGCACUGAGUGUUUUUUCUUCACUCACCAUGUCUUUGUACACCACUCUGUAUUGAAUUAUUAGUUAUUAUUAAUCUCUGGUUCUUUCACUGUGUGUCUUUGUCCUGUCUUCGGUCCUGCACUCCCAACCAGUCACAGCAAAAGUUUGCCCCUCCCUGAGCCACAUUCUCUAAAAGGUUUUUUUUUCCUGUUUAAAGGGGAGUUUUUUUUCAUCGCACUGUUGACAAGUGCUUUCUUACUGGGGGCCGUUUGAUUGUUGUCUUCUCUAGUAUUGUUAUUGUAGGGUCUUUAUCUUACAAUAUAAAGCACCGCGAGGCAACUGUUGUUGUGAUUUGGUGCUAUAUAAAUAAAAUUUAUAUGAGAUGGAUCUGUAUGUUUGAUUUGGAUUUUAUUCCAGAUAGUGUUCCUGACGCAAUUUACCUGAGGAUUGGGACCAAUAGGACACUAGCUUGUGAUCCCAUGGGGUCGGGUUUUUGUAUCUAGAAUAAAAUUUAAAAUUCUUCUUUCGUAGGAUAUGAUGACACCUGAUAUCCUAAAGACCUUUUAGUACUGUAUCACCCCAACAGAGCACUUGCUUUCUAAAAGCAGAAUGUGAGGCAGAACCUUCAGCUAUCAGGCUCCCAGUUUGGUGUUGGCUGAAACCAUCUCUACUUUGAAAGUCACUUGGUUAUGCUAUACGCACAGGGACUGUGGUGGACUUUCCUUGUUGCGUUGAACAUUUUUUCUCCUUUCAUCUCUAUUUAAUCCUGAUGGUUAUGAAUGUCGUCAUUAAUGUUUGUCUCCUCUCUCCCAUUGUGUUUUGGUCUUGCAUCUCUUUCAUUUUGUUUUUCUCUUGACCCACCAAAGUAGUGAAAGGCUGCCCCUCUUUGAGUCUGGUUCUGCAGAAAGUCUGUUCUUGUUCAAAUAAAACAACAAUAAAAAACACAGUUAUUCCUUCCCAUUGUUACAAAGUACUGCUCAGUUUUUCUGAUUGUUGGGGUUUCUCUCUUAUAUUGUAUAUAGUAUAAAGCACCUUGAGGUGACGGUUGUUGUGAAGUGAUAAUGUAUGAAUAAAAAUAAACUGAACUGAA